UGCAACACGUUUCACAACGAAUUUAAUGUUUUUAACAUAUUGCGUCGAGAUCUAGUUAUGCAAAGAUGGCUACAAAACCUGUGUUGAUCUGUUUAUGCCUUUUUCUCAUUUUACUGUUGCAUUUUGCUCUCUCUCAGGAACCGGGAAUAUGUACAUCAAGGUUUGAUUACGAUUAUAAAAUACUUAGAAAGCUUCACGACUUAGAAGUGGAAAUUGAAGCCGUCAAACAAACAUUACAUGACAGAGUCGCAUUUAUGGCAGAACUAUCCCACGAUUUGAAGUCAUUCACCAAAGGAGCAACGGUAGUUUUUGACCACACCAUUCUCAACAACGGCAGUCGUUACAACCCUAGCAACGGCGUUUUUGUUGCAAAAGCUCCUGGUCUCUACGUCUUCCACCUCGUUGCCACGUCGAGGCCCGGGAGCGGCAACCAUAUUUUUCUUCACGUAAUGAAGAACAACGAACAGGUGAACUACCUGUUUCUUGAUAAAAACGUAGAUUUCCAUCACCAUCGUUCCGUUCCGACUGUCCUUGAGAUCGCAGCAGGGGAUCAGGUCAAGGUCAUCAUCCAUGGAAGUGAUGGAACCCCUACUCUUGCCGGUUGUUGUUUCCAUACACACUUUAGUGGGUAUUCGCUCACUCUCAAAUAAACAGGUUAUGUGCAUACGAAGCCACUGGCAGGUGACAUUUACGUAUAUGGUUCCUUUUUUGCCUCGACAGGCAUUGAAGCUUUGUGCAUAUUCAAAAUUAUUUGAGACCUUAUAUUAUCAAUAAUCAAAUGUUUUGAACAGGUUUGAGAAUACGUAAUGGUAAGAUGAUGCAUGACUGAACAGCAGAUAUGGAAUGUAUGCGGGAAAUGUGAUUAUAUUUUUUCUUUAUUUUAACUUUUGAAGGCAUUCUAUAAUUAAACACAUUAUUCGUUGUCGAUUGUAAUUAAAAAAGUGCUUUAAUUAAAUAGUUUGAUAUUCAUUUGACCAGAAUGUGUCAUUUAUGUUUGCAUUGGUUUAAUAAAAACCCAUAAAUGUUGCA